CCUCUGCCAUCGUGGGGGGAAAAUGAUGAAGCCAGCUCCAUCCCCCAGGCUGGUGGUACAAAGCUGACAUUUAGUCAAGACUUUGUGCUCUGCACUGUGCGACUGCCCAGCUUCAUCAACACCACCCUCCCGCCGCACGAGCAGGCGACGGCCCAGGAGAUCGACAGCUACUUCCGCCACGAGCUCAUCGACAAGAGGAAGGAGCGGAUGGGGAAGAGGGUCAUGGCGCUUCUGCGGGAGAACGAAGACAAGAUCUGCUUCUUGGCCUUCGGAGCAGCAUUUAACAGGUUUCAAGGUUGAUGAGUGUAUGAAAGAAUGAAUGAGUGAAGACAUGAACACAUGAACGAGUGUUGACCGGAUCCUCCCCUCCUGGUCUCGUCUGGGCCUGACAGUGGUCAAGUCAGGGCAACACGAGCCCUACCUUAGCUCUCAGAGGCCUGCUCUCCACUAAUAAGCCCAGAGCCACGUGCAGAUCUUGCUGGCAGCUGCCUCCGGGGGCUCAGCCCCUCCUGAAACAAUGGUCUGAGAAUUUCAAAGCUGGACGCAGCCUCCAAGCUCAAGCCUGCCCACGUCAUCAGAGCCCCAGACAGACUGAGGGCCCUACAGGCCAAGAUCUGGGUGAAGCUCACAGCGAGUCCAGGAGAGAGCCAGGACCAGACCCCGGGCCCAGGAGCUAUGAUCCCGGGGCUCUGUUCUUAUCUGCAGUCAGGGAGCUCACCGUACGGACCUGCGACAGCCACUGUAUUGGCAUGCAACAUGCCCACACACAAUCCGUAGUGAGAAAAGUCCAUGCCCAUGUCACUGACUUCUUACGGCCGUAAGUCCCGAGCCCCGCAUCCUACAGCGGGCUGAAGAUUGACGUGCCGGCCGGCACAGGCUCUCUCGGCCAGCGUGCAACCUGCAGGCGGCCCGCAGACAUAGCCAGGCGCUCUACACGCUGCCGUCCAGGUGCUUCUCCAUCCCAUCUCAGGCCUUGCUCAGCCCACCUCUGCCCCAGCACAGACUGGGGUCUCCAGUGCUGCUGGCGGUCGGCCGCCCCUUCUCCCUUCUGCUCCACAGAGAGAGUCGGUACAAAGAGUGGGAGGUUUGGUGUCAGGACGCUUGGGCGGUCAGGAUGCUUGGGUGUAAAGCGGGGCUCUACCACUGCCGGCUAAGAGACACCGGGAAAGCCAUGCCGCCUCUCUGGGCCUCAGUCUCUCGUCUGCAAAACGGGGGUCAUGCACCUGCCUCUUCAGAUUGUGCUAAAUACGUUCAUUGUAGGUCACGGGGUUAAAAUUCUCUACCACGUGGAGGGCUCUUUAUAAUAAAAACUCCUACUGUGUGCCAGCCUCCACUCCAGGCCCUGAGAUUACAUCACCUUUCAUCUUCACAGUAACACCAUGAGAUGGGCUUUAUUACACUCAUUUCGCAGAUGAAAACUAAGCCCCAGAGAGGAAGAAUGGCUUCCUCAAGGCCGUGCAGGCAGACCUUCAACUUGAACCCUGGCUUCUAGGGUUCCGGUCCUAGC